GGAUUUGGUGUGUUUUGCCGGUUCACGCCGGUUUGUUACCACACGUAACUGCCCUUGGAUGCUGCGUUAUACCAGGACCAUGCCCGUCUAUAUUCGGGAUCCCCGUCACUACGCAAGUCAUUCCAGUAAAAGAAGACUUUCAGGUCGAACGUGCUUUUUCAAAACCACCCCAUGGCCACCUUGAUGGGUGACAGUUCGUUUGACCUCCUGUCGGCCGCGCUAGACGAGAGUGGGCUGGCGUUCGAUGCCAACGACAUCCUCAACCCUCCGACAGACGCAGGUCAGGGGUCAGGGACGGAUGGAGGCGCGGACCCAGGCAGUGUCCUGGCUCAGGCCAUGGCAGUUAGUGGUCUGGAGAUGGACCCAAACAACGACCCCCUCCUCAUGGCACUGAGGGACGACCCAGCUCCUGUGUCACAAGCACACAAAAAGGAGGAGCCACGUGUCAUACAUAUAACAGCCACCCAGCCGCCUAUCGUAUCCCGCUCCGCCGUCACCACGGUGGUUACUAACGCAACCACAGGUCAGAGGGUCAUCCACGUGCCUGUGGCCACGACGGGAGUUCUGAGGCAACAGCCUUCCGUUACCAAAGUUGUCACGCGACCCGUUUCAACGACGAUUCCAAAGACUGAGCAGAACAGACUGAUCGCAAACCUUCUGUCAGACAAGGCAGCGUCUCGAAAUGUCGUCAGCGUUUCUGUACCAAGAAGAUCGUCCUCACCAAACAUACAGGUGAUCUCGCUACCCAGAACGCCUGGUCCGAACUCGUCAGCGUCUGUGUAUGUCCGUACGCUCCCCAGCAAUGCUUUGCAGCGUGCAUCGGCCAGUAGUAGUGUAGGGUCUUCUGUGGGGAAUAGAGUUUUUUCUUCUAUUGGAAAUGUUGCAUCAAGUCACACGGUCACCUCUGCAGCCAAUGGCAGUGUGAAAAAGGAGUUAACGGGGAAGGACGUCUCAAGACUGUGGGCUAACGAAGACAUCAAGAUGAGGAGCCUCUCACCAACUCCUGGCCAGUCAUCUCAGGCUGCCGGCAGUGCUGUCAAAACUGCACAUCGAGAGGAGGAGGAGGAAGAGGAAGAGGAGGAAGAGUUGGGCGUGGCAGAGACGUAUGCUGAAUACACGCCUAGUAAAUUGGAUAUUGGACUGGGACAUCCAGACUCCGUUGUGGAGACGAGUUCUCUGUCCAGCGUGCAGCCGCCGGACGUCUGGUACAAGCUGGCCAUCCCCGAGCACAUCAUCGACUACGGGUACCUGUCGGCACUGCAGCUGGAGGCGAUAACGUACGCGUGUCAGCAGCACGAGAUCUUCCUACAGAGUGGGGAGAGGGCUGGCUUCCUUAUAGGUGACGGUGCUGGUGUUGGGAAAGGCAGAACGAUAGCGGGGAUAAUCUACGAGAACUACCUCCUGGGAAGGAAGAGAUCAUUAUGGUUGAGUGUUUCUAAUGAUCUAAAGGUGGAUGCUGAGAGGGACCUGAAAGAUAUCGGUGCCAAAGUGUCAGUUCACUCCCUCAACAAGUUCAAGUACCAUGCCAAGAUCUCCUCCAAGGAGAACGGCGGGGUGAAGAAAGGCGUGACGUUCGCCACCUACUCUUCCCUGAUUGGUGAGAGCCAGGGGAGCGGCAAGUACCGCACCAGGAUGCAGCAGAUCCUCCACUGGUGCGGCGAGGACUUCGAUGGAGUCAUUGUGUUUGACGAAUGUCACAAGGCGAAGAAUCUUUGUCCAGUAGGAUCCUCCAAACCCACCAAAACUGGCCUUACUGUACUGGAGCUGCAGAAUCGGCUGCCUAAAGCCAGGAUUGUCUAUGCUAGUGCCACAGGAGCCUCAGAACCAAAGAAUAUGGCGUACAUGUCUCGGCUGGGAAUCUGGGGAGAGGGCACGCCAUUUAGGGAGUUUAAUGAUUUCAUCCAGGCUGUGGAAAGAAGGGGUGUGGGUGCUAUGGAGAUUGUUGCCAUGGAUAUGAAGUUGCGUGGGAUGUACAUGGCUCGGCAGCUCAGCUUCGCUGGAGUCUCCUUCAAGAUCGAAGAAAUCCCGUUGGAGGACGAGUUCAUCACGAUGUACGAUGCAGCAGUCAAACUGUGGGUUGAUGCGAGGGAGUACUUCCAGAAGGCAGCUGAGCUGAUUGACGCAGAGCACCGCAUGAGGAAGUCGAUGUGGGGCCAGUUCUGGUCGGCACAUCAGCGCUUCUUCAAGUACCUCUGUAUUGCUUCCAAGGUCAAACCGGCCGUCAGGAUAGCCCGCGAGGCCGUCAAAAGUGGCAAGUGCAUCGUGAUUGGUCUGCAGUCUACAGGAGAAGCCAGGACUCUAGAGGAGCUGGAGAAUCAGGGGGGAGAACUCAACGACUUUGUCUCCACUGCAAAGGGGGUGUUUCAGACCCUGAUAGAGAAGCACUUCCCGGCGCCGGACCGCAGGCGGCUGUCGGACAUCUUCGGUCUGGACUUCAGCCGCAGCAGCAGCCGCAGCAGCAGCCCUGACAACACCCCCAUCCCUGGGGAGAAGAGGAAGAGAGACACAAGUCCCCUCUCAGUGCUGUCCUCCAAGAAAGGGAAGAUGGACAAUAAAGUAUCCGGAGGUUCUGACAGUGACUCAGACUCCUCCACUUCGGAUUCCGACAACAACGUGGACAGCGACGAAGACGACUUCUUCUCGCCGAAACACGGCUCUUCCGAUGAGGACGAUGACUUCAACCCGUUUGGGUCAGGAUCGGACGAAGACGACCCCUGGCUAAGCAGGAUCGAGAAAAGACCACCAAAGAAGGAGAAGACAAAGUCCAAGCCAAAGAAACUGAAGAAGAGCAAGUCCCUGGACCCAGCCAGCCUUGAUAGUUCUAACAACUCCACACCCAAGUCUGCCAACAGUCUGAGGAAGACAGCCAUAGCUAACGCUGCGUCCCAGUCAAAGAUAGACUCCACCCCUAUGUUCAGCAGUAUGGACGCUGCUGACCAGGCCCAGGCCAUGAAAAAGGAACUGCUGGACAGGAUAGAGAAGCUGGGAGGGAUUCUGCCUCCGAACACUCUGGAUGAGCUCAUUGAUGAUCUUGGAGGGCCAGAGAAUGUGGCUGAGAUGACGGGCAGGAAAGGACGGGUUGUGAGUAACGAUGAGGGGACGAUCUGCUACGAGUCCAGAAGUGCGACAGACGUGCCGCUGGAGAUCCUCAAUCUAACAGAGAAGCAGAGAUUCAUGGACGGGGAAAAGAAUAUCGCCAUCAUCUCAGAAGCAGCCAGCUCAGGGAUUUCUCUGCAGGCGGACAAGCGUGUUCAGAACCAGCGCCGCCGCGUGCACAUCACCCUGGAGCUGCCCUGGAGUGCAGACAGGGCCAUCCAGCAGUUUGGUCGUACGCACCGUUCUAACCAGGUUUACGCCCCAGAGUACAUGUUUCUCAUUUCGGAGCUAGCAGGAGAAAGGAGGUUUGCCUCUAUUGUGGCCAAGAGGCUGGAGAGCCUGGGUGCCCUCACCCAUGGUGACAGGAGGGCAGGUGAGGCCAGAGAUCUCAGUAGAUUCAACAUUGAUACAAAGUAUGGCAGAACAGCUCUGGAGGCAGUGAUGAAGGCUGUUGUUGGGUUAGAACCCCCGAUCGCUCCCCCUCCUGAGGACUACCAAGGAAACUUCUUUCACGAUAUCCUCCAUGGCUUGAUAGGAGUAGGGCUUGUCAGCAUGGACGAGAGACUCAACAUUCCCAAUUUAGACAAAGAUUACAACAGCAUGCCCAAGUUCCUGAACAGAAUCCUGGGCCUGACAGUGAACCUUCAGAACGGGCUGUUCGCGUACUUCCUGGACACGCUACACGAGGUCAUCCAGAGGGCGAGGCGGGACGGCAGAUACGACAUGGGCAUCCUCGACUUGGGUUCAGGGGGAGACCAUGUCAGGCUUCUGGAGACCAAGAGGUUCAAGGGAAGCAGUGCCUCCCGGCAGGCGCUUGUGGAACUGCAUACUUUAAGUGUAGAGAGAGGAGUCUCUUGGAAGGAGGCAUUAGACUUGUAUCGGGAACUUGUGCAGUAUGAGGAAGGAUUCUACCUCUCCAAACAGGUGCGGAACAUGAAGUGCAUGGCGGUGCUGGUGAAGGCAGUGUCUGGCAGGCGGAAGCUGUACAGCGUACACAGGCCCAAUACUGGGCAACAGAUGAAGAACGAACCUCUGGACAACAUCAAGAAAAAGUACAAGAAGGUGACUCCUGAUGAAGCAGAGCCACACUGGGUGUCUCAGUACAACUCCUCCUUGGCGCAGUGUAGUCAUGCCUACUGGAGGGGAAACUGCAAGCGAGUGUCCUUAGGUCUGUCCUGUGAGAUCGGGUUACGACGGAGAACCUACCAUGUCCUGUCUGGGUCAGUGCUUCAGGUGUGGAGUAAAGUGGAGAGUGUUCUGGUGUCCAUGCCAGGCAGUCAGUCCAAGAUGCAGGUGGUCAGAAUUAAGACACAACAGGGCAAGAAGGUGGUCGGGACCCUGAUUCCAGGCAACUGCAUCCCCGCUCUAGUCAACGUCUUGUCUCAGAACGGCCCCACCCCCACCCUGGGGCAGCCCACUACCACCCAGGGGCAGCCCACCACCACGGUGGGGAGUCUGAUGAGACCCAUCGUCCUAUAGACACGCCAGAGCGUUUGCCCGAGACGGAGCGGUAGCUGCUUUCAGAGGGAACCCAGAGACUGUGCGCCCCACUGAAAGCAUGUGUGGACAUCUGAAUCUGUAACCAGAGCAAUAGUCUGCCAGGUUUAGUCCAAUAAGGAGCUUCAUGUUCCUUAAUAUGUAUGCUCAAGGUCAAAGGUGAAGGCCCCUGACAUGUAAACAGUUCUUGAAUCAAGCAUGUUCAGAUGUAUAUGGCCUCUUUCAGUCCGUUUGCAUAACGUUUUCAGGACAAUGCACAAGUGUGUUUUGCCUAUGUCACAGGGUCCUUUACCUUGGACCUGUGCAUGAGCAGUCGGAUCCUUGAACAAGCUUAUUGUCCUGAAGACACAAUUAAGACUCAUAGAGUGGCAGGACCACAGACCCCCAAACACACCUACCUGAUUAGCAUACUCACGACCUGGAGAGUCAAAGUGUUAGGCAGGCUUGGGGAAUAGGUUACCACUGAUAUUGUUCAGUUGUUCUAGUCAUAGAUGAAUUAGCAGUAUGCCAAUUAAUGACGGAAUGUUGAAAGCAGGUCUGUUGAUGAGAAGAUGCCCUUGUGUUUGGUAUAAAUGGUUGUAAAGUGUAAUGGAAGAGAAAGUGUGUACUUAGGCAUUCCAUAGAGUAUAUCAUUCUAUUUUGAGAAAAGUAAGUCAUGUGCAACAAUAACUGUAAAGGCUGGCAAAGUGCUCACCUAUUGCAGUGAUUCCCCUACACUUGGCAUGGUGGUAUUACCAAAAUGCUUUCUGAACAGGACUGAAAAGUCAAUUGCAAGCCUAAGGUGUUUUGGCCUACAAAAGAUGUUGUGUUUCCCAUUACGAUCCUGAAAAAAAUUUGGAGUCCUUUGGGCAGGGAUUCCCCUUUUUUUCUUUUCAUUUUUAAAUUUCAGUUUAACAAAUACAACUUAACAAUGUGUAAAGGAAAUGCAGACUGCUAUUUUAACAAACAUCAACUCUUCAAAGCUUUAAACUGUAGACAGAGUUGGAAUUUCAUCUCUUAAACAUCUGAUAAAAAAUUGUAUCCUUACCACUUACCACUGGUUGACACAAAAAGGGGUAGGGUCUUGCGAGUCAGGUAACACAACAGUCUUUUUCCUAGGCUUACCCGCCAUGACUGAAAAGCAGAAAACUUAUUAAAGAUAGUCUGACAGGAAAGCUACCGAUUUGGCCUGGACUACCAUGCCAAUCAAGAGAAUAGGGGAAUCACUGCAAUGUCUUUAUUUGCAAUAUGAAGCGCUAAUGCUAGCAUCAUGCUGAAGUAAGAUUGUACAGUGACUGUAAGAGAAGAAGUGUUUGUUAUAGAUUGUAAGACAAAGUAAAAUUGCAAUUUUCCACAUGAAGGGGAUGCAACUUCUUUGCGACACUGCGCAUAAGGGUAAGAGUAACGACAUCACGCAUAAGGGUAAGAGUAACGACAUUGCGCAUAAGGGUAAGAGUAACGACAUUGCGCAUAAGGGUUAAAUAAAUGUGGGCAUCAUAUCUGGCUGUUUUGCUCUAUCUGGAUGUAUUACAUUUGAUAUGUCAGAUAAUCCUUUCAGCGCUAUAUAAGUUUGGACAGUCGUAAAGCCGUCGUCACACUCUUGAUGACUUCAGCCAAAUUUGGUGAUUGCCAGAAGGUCGCAAAAUUUCAAAAUCGUUAGAGAGUCAAGCUUAUUUUUGGUCCAAAAAUCUACCCUGUUGCAUUGGAAAGGGCUUGGUGAGCUAUGAGCAUCAGCCUAUCCAAAAAAAAAACAGUGCAGUGGUCAGGAAGACACUCUCCGUAUUGGUUGAAAACAUCAGAGCUUGCAGACUUGUUCAGCAAGCUUUUUCCCAGCUGUGUGACGCUUGCUUAGGGGCUGUCAUUUAAAUUCUGAAGUUGGCAAAGAUCAGGUAUUUAGCAACUAGCAAUCUAAACCCUGAAGAGGCUUUAUUAAGAGAGUAUCAAGUAUUUAAGAAUGUCUAGUGGUGUCAUGCCGUUUUUUUUCUAACACUCUCAAAGUAUGCCUGACAACAUGAGCUGGAUGAAAAACAGUUCCUGGACAGUGUUAAGAAAAAGGCUUGACCAUCAAAAUGGCGUUUGUAAUGUUGCAGCAUAAACUUAUUAAGAGUUGUAAAAAAUGGAUCAAAACAAGACGAACAAGAAUCUUUAUGGUAACGUUUUAGGAGAUACAUAAUAUGAUAAUAGCAGCCUGGGUGCCAUCCUAGUUAGUUUACCUGGGCUCAAAUACUCAACCUUAGCCAACUGUUGGUUAGGAGAGAGUAUGGGAGCCCCAGUAAACCAGGUUAUCGUUAUGACAAUAGGCUUUUGUUUCUGUAUAUUUCAGGGGGGAUGUGUACAGGAGUCUCUCAGUGUAGAUGUGGUUAGGAGGGCUUUAUAAUUGUUAGGGCCGCGUCAGAGAAUGUCUCGAACAAACCGAGAGGGAGAGAACUAAUAUACCUAUAACUUAUAUAAGUCAGAAAUGGCAUACCGUUGGGGGAAAAGACUGUAUUUGUAAAGCCUUAUCAUUUUUUGAACUUGAAAAGACAAAUGUAGAUCAACGAAAAGAGAAUAUAUUGUUACAGAAGUGGUUGUCAUCCAUAUUUGAAAUUAGACAGUCAGCCUGUGUUAUUGUCAGACAAACUGUAUGACCAUGGCACGAGUAAGUGUUAUGUUUUCAACUGUUCCUACAUUUUGAAACUUGAUAUUUGAGAACUUCUUGUUUCACUUUGGCCUCUGAGGUUGUCCCUGAGCAGUUGAUGCUUGAUGUUAGCGUUAGGAUACCGUGAUGAAGUUGGUUACAUGAAUAUCUGAUUUGCAUAUACGUGACUUGUACAGCCGGGAGUUAAGGCAAAACAUGAAAUUCUUACCUACUUUGUCUUUCUCCAGAUUUCUCUUACAAUGAAAGCUUCAUAGGUCUAACCAUGACAUGGACUUGUUAGUAUGCACAUUACUUUUUUUCUUAUCCCUCUUUUGUAAACUUAACUGUUCACAUUAACGUUAGUAGUUGUUUAGCCUGUUAUUCUUUCAUAUCAUUGUUGUUUGGUUCUUUUCUUGCCACUAUGAAAUAACGUUUGUUUGGUACAAGCUACCACACUUGUUGUCUUUUUUAUUGUUUCACUAAACAGAUACUUUUUUUUUUUAAUUCCUGGACAUUGUGACAUUAUGGGUAUGUUUUGGUUGAAGAACACAAAUUUUCUGUAUUAUGAAGUGUACAGCAGGAUAUAUGGAGAGUUUACUAUGAGGUAGAAAUAAGUUCAAUUGCUGUACAGCAGGAAGAAUAAAUGAUAAUGGCAACA